UUUUGCGUGCGGCCAGAUUUUUCUUUCCUUGGGGGAUCUCUUGACUUAGGUCUCCCUCUCCCCACCCAUGUUUUGGAAACAAUGACGUUGUCCAAUCAACUGCACUUAUUCAGAAAGUUUGAGGAGUUGAUGUCAGCUCCGGGGACUGAGUGUAAGGCGAGACACAGCAGGGAGUUUGUGGGCUUUCGGAGUUCUGUCAGUUUCAGGUGAGAGUUCUGUCAGUUUCAGGUGCAUUCCGGAAGGAGAUCGCCACUCGCCUCUCACUAUCUGCUGGGUGCAAGCAUGGGUUCCAGCGGUGGAUCAGAGCUACUUCUGCCUCUCAGCGAGAGACUCCGUUUACCCAUAGAACAGGUAAAUUUUGCAAUGUGCCAACUGUUCGGAUUAUUCACAGCUUUCCUAUUUCGGAACUAUCUCCAUCCAAGCAAGACCAACCAUAUCAUCAGGCAUGUGGUAGCCACCCUCUUGGGUCUUCACUUUGCAUUCUUCUGCUUUGGCAGCUAUACUGUUUACUUUCUGGGAGAAGUAAUCCUAUUGUAUUGCGUAAUGGUGACCGUGCACAUGAAGAGAAUUCACAAAUACAGUUUCCUGAUAGCAAUGGCCUAUCUGACCAUGUGUCAAAUCAUCCGGGUUUAUUGGUUUGACGGCAAAGAGCGGUCUGCUGACUUCUCAGGGCCAUUGAUGGUGAUCACACAGAAAGUAACAAAGUUGGCGUUUGAACUUCGUGACGGUCUGACCCGAGAUGAAAGUGAACUGAGUACAUCUCAGAAGCGUUUAGCGGUGAGGCGAAUACCAAGUCUCCUUGAGUAUUUGAGCUACAAUCUCAACUUCAUGGGCAUCCUUGCAGGACCUCUGAACUCAUACAAUGAUUACAUCAGCUUCAUUGAGGGCAGAAACUUUGAGGUUGGAAUGAACCAUCCUGCCAUUGGGAAGAAAAGCAACAAGUGCCCUCCAAAUGAACCUUCAUCUCUGGGUGCUGUAGGAUGCAAGAUCCUGAUCUGUACUGUUUGUGUAUUUAUGCAUCUGUACUUGUUAGAUGUAUUUCCCAUCUCCUACAACACAGACAGCACCUUCAUUGCCACAGCAUCAAUCCCUGUACGCUUACUGUAUCUCUACAUUUCCAGCCUGGCCUGCAGACCCAAAUAUUAUUUUGCCUGGACUAUAGCUGAUGCCGUCAAUAAUGCUGCAGGGUUUGGCUUUUCUGGAUACGACGGUCGAGGGAAGCCUUGCUGGGACUUGUUCUCCAAUCUCAACAUCGUCAAGGUAGAGUUUGCAACAAGCAUGAAGAUGUUUAUUGACAACUGGAACAUACAAACAGCACUGUGGCUCAAAGAAGUCUGCUAUGAUCGAUGUCCAUUUAAUCCGACAUUAUUGACAUUCCUUCUGUCUGCAAUCUGGCAUGGAGUUUACCCUGGCUACUACUUCACCUUUAUCACUGGCACAAUCAUGACACUAGCAGCGAGAGCAGUUAGGAAUAAUUUGAGGCCUUUCUUCCUCGGCUCAUCGACUUACAAGACAUUCUAUGAUGUGAUGACAUGGGCGACAACGCAGGUGGUUGUGAGUUAUACUGUGGUACCAUUUGUCCUUCCGUUUCUGAGCUCAUCGUUCGAGUUUUACAGAACUUGGUACUUCAGUUUGCAUAUCAUCGCCAUGGUUCUAAUCCUGGUGUUGCCAAAAAAACCGAGAAGUACAUCAAGAGAAUCACAGAAAUUCCAAGUCACUAAGCAAUCGAUGAUAUUGCACCAUUGUAAUGGACAACAGAACAGAAGAGCUCUAGUGGACAGCAACCAAAACCAUCCAACGAGGAUUGACUAAUGGCGAAGGAAAGACUUUGAACUUAAUAGGGGAGGAGCAGAACAUUUGAUAAUGGACUAUUUUAUAUAAAACAAACAGACAAAGAAAUUUGUUUCCAACACCUUACAUCCUAUUUGAAACGCCGUUGAAAACUCGUCCUGGAUUCCUCAUUAACCGAAGAAAGUGGAUUUUGUCAUGAAAGAUCAAGAGUGUAACAAUCAAAUCUUUAUGGAGGUAUUUUAAACCUAUAUUCCCAUAACAUGGGAGUGGAGGAUAAUUGGGCAGAGUGAAAUUAUCGCAGUUGCAAACCCCAAUCCAACGUGCAAGCCUCAGAUACCAGUUUCUGUUUUAACUGUUGUCAAUAUCAGAGCUCCCAGAUGGGCUGUUCUCUCAUGAUAAUACUCAAAUAGGGCUCCCAACUUGAUAUUUUGGCAGUGAUUUGAAAGCAACGUCUCCGGUAUGUUCUUAUCAGGAUUUGGAAAGCACUGUAACUUAGGAAUUCAGGAAGGAUCAGCUAUGAAUUGGGAGGCAGGGGGAUAGAAUUGUUUGCCCAUUUUCUACUUGUUUACUCAUCAGGGGCUGGUCGUCUCACAAGUAUGCUCCCCUCCUCCCUCCCGGUCUCCCUAUACAUUAUCAGGACCCAUGACUCUUCUGGAUCCUUAUUUUAAUAUCUAAUGCUUUGACAGAAUUCCACUGCCUUCCUGGGAAAAAAAACUAUAACACUUCAGGUUACACCUCAAAUAGGUUUCAGGCAAAGACUUUAAAAUAUUUUACAGCUUUGCCUUGCACAUCAUUCAUCAAGGGCACAAAAACAAGGAAGUUGUACUAAAAGUUUAUAAAACACCAGUUCAGACCCUACUGGAGUAUUGUGUCCUGUUCUGAGCACCACCCUUGAGGUAAAAUGUAAGGGUUUUGCAUGUGUUGAAGAGUCUGAGUGGAAAUGAUUAUGAAGUUUUGCAAUUUAGGGAGAGUUGGAGAAAUUGGGUUUUUUUUUCUGUUUCGAACAGAGAACACUGAGGGAAGAUUUAAAUCAAGUGUACAAUUGUCACGAGCAGUUUUGGCAGCAUAAAUAGGAGAAAUUGAAAGGGAAAUCAGUGACCAAGGUUGUAGAAUUUAGAUAAUUACUAAAGACCCAGAGAAGAUUGCGAUUUCAAAAAGACUUGAAGAUUAAUAAUGAUUUGGAAAGUAUUUCCUGAAAAGAUUUCUCUAUUACUACCUGCUCCUAUUGAAAUGGAUUGAAUAGUAACUUUCAGUAGGGAAUUAAAUAUUGAAUUAUAGGGGAUGAAAGGCCAUUUGGAAAGGGAUUGGAGCUGAAAUGAAUUGGAUAGCUCUUUCAAAGAGCCCAGUAUAAUGGGUUGAAUGGCCACCUCCGAUCCUGUAAUUUUAUGGGUCAAUUACUUGGAGAUGAUCUUUCUUUUGGAAGGAAGUGUGGAUGUCAGGAUAGAGAAGGUGGUUGAAAAGAGAGAGAUGGAAGGGAAAGAGCGAGAGACUCACAUUUGAACAUUUACCAAUGCCACUGCCCAACAGUGAACAAACUGCUAAAUGGCAGUGAUAGCUGCCCCUCAAAAAGGCUUAAGGUGUUUCAGAAAGAAGCAAUAUCUCUCUCUUCUUUGGGUUACUGGACAUGUGAUUAAGAUACAAAGUAAACUUGCCCCGUUUUGUACUCGGACACACAAGCCUCUCUCCAUAUUACUUCAUCUAACUCUGUGACCUCAAUAAUUUGUUCCCCUAUUUCCUUGUCCUUCAUAAAUUGAAGGAGAAUCUUAAAUUUAUUUAUUUUAUUUGCCUUAGUUACUCCUUGUAUCAGUGAGUUCCACAUUCCCUGAGUAAAGAAAUUUCCCUGGAACUCCAUUUAGCUUUGGACUAGCUCCCAAACGGAAAUGUCAUCUAUGCUCACCCUGAUCAAAGCCCUUCACAAUUUUACAGGCAUCUAUGAGGUCAUCUGUGAACCUUCUCUUUUCAGGAGUAAAGAACCAGGUCUAUUCAGCCAUGGAAGGUAUGUCCUUUGAAAGUUCUUAAUGCCCAAGUAUUUUAUUAUUUUCUGUGGCCAUAUUUUAUCUGUGAAUCUACCCUUAAAUAUUAGAUGGUUCAGCUUUGUGCUUGCAGUUUCCUUAGUAUCAACCUAUCAGUCACAGUGUUUGGCAUACUUUCUUAAGUCUGGUUUGAUAGGAGUGGGAAUAGGAUAAAACUAAAUGGAAUUCAUUACCUUUGGUUGGGUAGAAGGACUGCAUUGUGUCACUUGGCUUUUCUACCAUUUGCAGUAAAACUAGACAAUUAAUGGUCGAUUUUUAACAGGAUAGAAUAUCUAAAUCACAUAGCAAUUAUUGGGAGAAGAGUAUAGUGAGUGACUACUUUUAAGUUCAUACCUUUAGACUAGUUGUCGCCUAAUAGAUCAUUUUUGGUAACAGUAUUAAUAAGGACUAUGAAGGUGUGACAUGUACAAGAUACUUAGCACUAUCGCCAUUUUGUUCGUGCAAUGUUACCCUCUAUCUUCUCAUGAUAUGCAAAGGAACCUGAGUUUGCUGACUGAUUGGCUUGUUCUUGCAUUCAUUCCAGUUGGGAGCUCAACCUUUCUGACGUGACAAUGCAGAUCAGAGCUUGGAUUCCACAUGUCAAGCUUAACUGUGAAGGCCAUUCCCACCCCCAUUCUGGCACCUUUUGUUUUGAAUCCAUUGUAAUGUCUCUUGUGUCAAAGUUUCCAACUUUGGCCUGUGACUACACCAGUUCAAUCACACUGGUUGAAGUUUAAGGUCUGGUUUAAGUGCGUGCACCCAAAGUCCAUAUGAAGUUAGUGUGGAACCACAAAAUAACUGAGGGUGACAACUCAUGGGCGUUAUUGAAAGGAACAGAUGAUGAGGCACUCUGAACUCAGAUGUUCCUUCAAAAUGACAAUGUUAAUCUUCACAUCAGUCUUAAUCUGACUUGCUCAUGAUUGUGCAAAUUACCAUCCAUCGCAUUUACAACAGUUUUCUGGAGAUCAUUUGCAGUUCAUUUCUCUUGAAAGCAAGGAGCAUUCUUCAAGUCAAAUUAUUUAUGUAACCAUAUGCAGAACCAGGGCAACGGAAAUCCUGCAGAAAUAUCAUGGUGAAGGCAAUGAUUCAACAAUGUAAUUUAAAGAGCUGAAACAUUUUCCUCAAAAGCCUCAUUGUGAGCUCUCGAUCUUCUAACCAUUUGGCAGGAAAUGAUGCUCUUUUAAAGAGGAAAUAACAUUGAACUCCUUCAUCUCAGGAUAGUAUGGCCAUUACACUUUGCAUAGGUUUGAAGCUACAUGUCUCUGAUUGACUGAGACUACCUGGCAAAGUUUUCCAUCUUGCAAAUUCUGGAAAAAUGAUUCCUUCGCUCGCAAAUGAAUCAAUGAAGGAUUCUGGCAACAUGUGUCUAUUAAUCGUUUAGGUCCUGACUUAAUCUCACAGAGGGGUUUGCUGCUUUAUGAGUUAUGUUACAAAGUAAAUUUGAAAGUCAAACCUGAAGAUCCAUUGGAAUAAUUGUACAGUAUGUUACUGUAUUGUGUUCAUUCUUAAGAAAAUCCAGAAGUUUACAUCUCAGAAAUGAUGUG